AUGGUUGACGUUUUCAACGUACAAAUUUUCUUUGUUGUCUUCAGAGAGACCUUGGAAGCUGUUGUGGUUGUCUCUGUGCUUUUGGCUUUCUUGAAGCAAGGCCUUGGUGGCUCCACUGACGACCCUGCCGUCUACAAGAAGCUUAAGCGACAAGUCUGGCUAGGGGCGAUUCUAGGAGUCGUAAUCUGUUUGAUUCUUGGUUGCGCUUUCAUUGGUGCUUUCUACUCGUUGGGUAAAGAUAUCUGGGCCUCCUCCGAAGACUUGUGGGAAGGUAUCUUCUGUAUCAUCGCUACUGUCUUGAUUUCUAUGAUGGGUAUUGCCAUGUUGCGUAUCAACAAGAUGAAGGAGAAGUGGAGAGUUAAGUUGGCUCAAGCUCUUGUCAAGAAGGAGAAGAAGGGCCGUUUCAGUCUUGGUCAAUGGGCUAAGAGGUACGCCUUGUUCAUCUUGCCUUUCAUCACCUGUUUGAGAGAAGGUUUGGAAGCCAUUGUCUUCGUUGGUGGUGUUGGUUUGAGUUCUCCAGCCACAUCUUUCCCUAUUCCUGUCAUCACCGGUUUGAUUGCUGGUAUUCUUGUCGGUGUCCUCUUGUACUACUGGGGUUCCAACGUGUCCUUGCAGAUUUUCUUGAUCAUCUCCACUUGCAUCUUGUACCUUAUUGCUGCUGGUCUUCUUUCCAGAGGUGUUUGGUUCUUUGAGACUUACGUCUACAACCAGAAGACUGGUGGUGAUGCAUCCGAGAAUGGCAGUGGUCCAGGUACCUACGAUAUCAGCAAGUCUGUCUGGCACGUCAACUGUUGCAACCCAGAGACUGAUAAUGGUUGGGAUGUGUUCAACUCCCUUUUGGGUUGGCAAAACUCUGCCACUUACGGCUCCGUUAUCUCCUACAACGUCUACUGGAUUGCUGUGAUCAUCACUCUUGGCUUGAUGAUGUACGAGGAGAAGACCGGUCACUUGCCAUUCUGUAAGAGCUUGACUUUGAGAUCCUUGAACCCAAUGUACCACAUCAAGGGUAAGAAGAAGAAUGAGUUGAGCAAGGCCGAGCAAGAAGAAUUGUUCAACAGAGUCAGGAAUGAGGGCUUCGAAAACAACGAGGAAGAGUCGAAUGAGUCUAUCGCCAACAAAGCCGUCGAGGAAAGAGAGAAGGUUACCGCAAACGAGAAAACCACUGCUCUCUAA